GCAACGACAAAGCUCUUAAACGGCGUUCAAACUUCAGCUACCUUAGUUUAGAAAAAGCCCUUAUCGCACUAGCAGUUAGAGGUUAUUUUCAUACGGAUAAAUUCUAUAAGCCAAAUCAAAUGAAUAAUAAUACAGCAAGAGAGAGACGUGUAGUGAUCGGUGUGGAUAGAAGCCAGCAUAGUGCAAGAGCUUUUCAAUGGUACGUCAAGAACAUGUGUAAUGCGGAAACGGACCGAGUACUAGUUGUACAUGCGUACGAGCGUCCAGCUAUGGCAGUCUAUCCCUAUGCCCAUGGACACGCAUACUACGAGGCUCUACAACUCUCUCUGAAAAAAGACAAGAAAGAAUUGGAAGAGCUGUGGCAAAAUUUUGAAGGCAAAUGCAAGCACUACAAGCUUAAUUACAAGUUGUUCAAGGAAGAAAGUAGCAGACCUGGAGAAGCGAUCUGUAAAGUGGCCAGCGACGAAGAUGCGCAUGUCAUCGUAGUGGGCUCCCGUGGUUGUGGAACUCUGCGGCGGACAUUCCUUGGUAGUGUCAGUGACUAUUGUUUGCAUCAGGCUCAUAUUCCUGUAGCGAUUAUUCCACCUCCAAGCUGAAUUGAAAUAGCGGUCAAAUUAAGUACAUCUUAAAUCAGGACUUCGUGUCUGCCAUUAAUUUCCAUCAAAGUAAUUCUUACUGCAGAUGUACGCCAAGCUUAAAAUGUUUUUGAACGGAGACACUCUAGUGGAUUACUAAAAAUGUAGGUAGGUAGGUAGGUAGAUAAGUUUAUUUCUCACAUUUUCACAGAAAAUCUGAAUUACAAUGUGGUUACAAUUAUUUAACAAAUACAUAAAAUUACAUGCGUGGAUAGGGACUGGGCUACAAUAGGUUUAGAAAUACAAGAUAAUUAAAUAAUUAAGAAUUAACAUUUGACUAUGUGGGUAUGCAAAUAUAUAUAAAAAGAAACUCUUAUUUGUUGAAGGCUAAAAUAGUCCUUGGGAAAAAGCUGUGGCGCAGUCUUUCGGUCCUGCAUUUAGUCACUGAAAAAUUGCUAGCGUUCCUCAAUUGAUACUGAUGCACUUGCUUUCUUUCUUUCGGGAGAUGUUUAAAAAGUGGCCCUCCUCUUGAGAUAUUUUCAAGAGUUUUAACACAAAGUUCACUACGUCUUUCAACUAAUGUUCUUAAAUUAAGGAAUUGCAGAGCUUCUGGGUAAGAUAAAGUAGGUACUAUGAUUUUAAGAGCACGCUUCUGUAUUCGUUCUAGCUCUUGUGAAAGGUAGGAUGGGAGGGCGUGGUGCCAUACUACACAGCAAUAUUCAAGAACAGAUCGUAUCAGUGAGAUAUAGAUAGUGGUUGAAUCAUUCAUCUCCACACCCCCUCGACGGAGUACUCUGAGUAUGUGUAGGCGUUUAGAAGUCUUGGUGACAGUAGCUUCAAUGUGAUUGUUCCAUUUUAAGUUAUUCUGAAUCACCAGGCCAAGUACUUUGUGUGAAGUUACAAGCUCUAAUUGUUGAUCGCCGAUCUUCAAAUGAGGGAGUUCUGUGGGUUCCUUGAGAAAGCAUAUCCGCAUUUCUUUACACUUUUUAGCGUUGAGUUUCAUCCAGUUACUGGAGCUCCAAGAGGCGACAGUAUUGAGACUUGUUUGGAUGUUUGAGGUGCUGUUCCUUACGAGCCCCUCAGACAACGAUACAUCAUCUACAAAGAUAAACACAGAAAUUAACUGA